UUUAUCUGUCAGUUGCUAGUCGGUGUCGGUGGUGUUUGUUCGUGUUCGUUUUCUAGUGCCGUUUUUAAUUUAAGGGGAAACAUACAAAGUAAAUUCAAUUAAAUUAGAUCGGGCGGCGCAGGACACGUGCGCCAGGAUAACGACGACAGAUAUAAAAAACGCGCUUUUGUUUCGCGCGAUCAUUGUAGUGAGACGAGUCAGAGUGGUCACUUCAUCAUGUAUUCGAUGACGUACAAUAUUGGAAAACUGUUCAGUAAUGUGAAAGAGUUUUACAAUGAAAUCAACACGGCGACGCUGACGGGCGCUAUAGACGUGAUCGUGGUGGAACAAGAAGAUGGAAAUUACAAUUGUUCGCCGUUCCACGUCCGCUUCGGCAAGCUGGGGGUGCUCAGGAGUCGCGAGAAAGUGGUGGACAUCGAGAUCAACGGCGAACCCCAAGACAUCCACAUGAAGCUCGGCGAGAGCGGCGAGGCCUUCUUCGUCGAGGAGCUCGAGGACGACGAGAACGAGAUCCCCGAGCACCUCGCCACCUCCCCCAUUCCGGUCAGCGAGUUCGAGAACAUCUUCACGUCGCAGACGCGCCGCCGCAGCUUUACCGAGCAGCUGCCCGCCGCCUUCGAGAACCAGGUCAACGACUACACGAAGCGCCGCAACACCGCCGACAACGAGAACGCCAAGGACCGCGAGCGCGACUUCCUCAAGCGGCAGAUCGUCUUGGGCAACAUCGGCAUCGGCGAGAUGUCGGAGCAGGAGAUGUCCAGGUCGAUGCAGAGCAACACGAAGGAGAGCGUCGAGGAUUUGAGCAAGAGCGCGGAUAUUUCGGACACGAUCUUCAAGAUGGACUCGUUGGAGAUGGACACGAGUCGGUCGGAGUGCGUGCCGAAGGAGGAGGGCAGCGUGAAGGAGGACGUGAGCGGGGAGAGCAGGGGCAGUAAGAAGAAGAGGCGGAAAACUAAGAAGAAGAACGCGCCGAGGAAGAGCUCGAGCGUGAACCAGAUCUCGGUGGAGCAGGUGGACAAGAAUAAUGAUUCGGCGACGACGGAGCCGAGCUCGAUUGAGAGCAACGCGUCCGAUCCGGAGCUGAAGGAUUUGCAGAACCAUGACCGACCAGCACCAAGCCCAUCCACCAACAACAGAAAGAUCCGGGACCCGGACUUCCACUUCUUCAGCGAUACUGAGCUUACAACCAACGUCGUGGACUCUCGGGCGGACUCCCCCAUUCAGGUGGAAGCGGUGCAGUCAGAUUCGGAGUUCGAAGUGAAAAAUCGUAAAGACAACAACGUAAACAACGGCCAAAGCUGGGAGUGGGGCGGCUUCCCCAACGUCUCCCAGACCAACUCCCCCACCAGCGAGCAGGCCAUCACCAAGAACGACCAGUUCGCCCUCAGCAACGUCUUCUCGUUCAUGAAAAAAUCGCACGCCCACCAGAGCGAUGGCAUCUACUUAUCGGAGAUCAAUUCCGUCGAACCCGAGGUCCAGGCGCUCUACUUCUCCAAAUCCAAAGACAAGACAAACGCAGAUGCCGACAUGGAUUGUGAAUCAGGGAAUGGUCCCUCACUGGCGCAGAGCCCCAACAGUGCCGAAGGUUGCAAGUCGAUCGAUUCCGACUUCGACGAGCACAUCAAAGGAGGGCGCAACGACGUGACGUUGUCCCUAUGCGGCUGGGACCCAGAACCGGAUGCGGCACGUUUCGAGGAGCACGCAGUCACCUUCAGCGACUUCUGCAACAACCCCAUGCUCUUGGAGAACUCGAAUUUGGUGGUGAAUUUCCGCGGGAAGUACUACAACUGGAAAGUCGCCGCCCCCAUAAUCUCGAGUCUGAUGGUGUUCAACCGACCUCUCCUCCAGGCCUCGGUCGACCAGCUGUGCAACAUGCACAUGCCGUCGAACCAGUCGAUCAAAGACGUGACGAAGACGGAAGCCAAAACGUCGUGGUGGCACUGGCGGCGGUCCAAAACGUCGCGGGAGACCACGCCUGCCGUGGAAGCGCGGAAAACCGAAGAAACCAAAGAGACUUCGAUAGAGAUCGGCGACGACGAGCUGGUUGUGGUUACGCAGUCGCACGAGGAAAAGGAGGUCACUAUUGAGCUGUCGCCGAAGGCGCUCAACGAAAAGUGCAAGAAGACGUUGCGGUUAAGCUCGAAACAGAUCGCGUCGCUGAAUCUGAGGGAGGGCAUGAACGAGAUAGUCUUCAGCGUGACGACGGCGUACCAAGGGACCACCAGGUGCACUUGUCACUUGUAUAAGUGGAAGUGGGACGAUAAGAUCGUUAUUUCGGACAUCGAUGGGACCAUCACGAAGUCGGACGUCCUGGGGCACAUUUUGCCCAUCGUUGGUAAAGAUUGGGCGCAGUCUGGGGUGGCCCAGCUGUUCAACAAGAUAAAGGAUAAUGGGUAUAAGUUGUUGUAUUUGAGUGCGAGGGCGAUAGGCCAGGCCCGGAUUACGCGGGAGUAUUUGAAGAGCAUCAAACAGGGUAAUCUGACGAUGCCCGAUGGGCCCAUUCUCCUCAAUCCGACGUCGCUGAUCACCGCGUUCCAUCGAGAAGUGAUCGAGAAGAAGCCAGAGUUGUUCAAAAUUUCGUGUAUGAGUGAUAUCAAGGCGCUAUUUCCGGCCUCAUCCAAUCCGUUUUACGCAGGAUAUGGAAAUAGGAUCAAUGACGUAUGGGCGUAUAGAGCCGUGGGUAUUCCAAUAGUUAGGAUCUUCACCAUUAAUCCAAAAGGAGAGCUCAAACACGAACUAACUCAAACCUUCCAAUCGACAUAUUCCACCAUGACGUACUACGUCGACCAGUUGUUCCCGCCCCUCAUCGAAGCGGCCAAUGAUUACUCGCAGUUCGCGUACUGGCGCGACCCACUUCCGGUGGUCGACGAACUACCGGAAGUCGCGUAAAAUGGCGAUUCGUCUGCAUUUAUCGAUUCAGUAUUUAUUGUUGUGCUUUCGAUGUCCAUUACCUACCGUACGCGGCUUUUAGAUAAGUAGCUGUCACUGUUGUAUAUUAUAAUAAUAACGACAUUGUGAUAUACUGAUUACCAAUUUAUUGUUAAGGCUAGGCUUAAAUACUCUACUUGUAUACCGUUCGUGCGUUGCUUUUUCAUUAGUGAUUCACUUCGACAUUGUGAUAUUUUUUUUAUUUGUUAAGGGACACUAUAUUUUUUUUAUUAAGUUAUUGCAAUAAAUCUCUCAAAGUUU